AAAUGUUAGGACGACGAUGCCUUGAUCAGUCGGCCUUUUGUCGCCAAUUCAGAAAGAUAUCAACAUCGAAAUACAAGUUUCCAAAUGAUACUAUUGUGGAUAUCUUAAAAAAGCCAGUGAACUCGACCGCAAGCGCUAAUGGAUGGGUGCGUUCAGUCCGUUUGCAAAAGAACCUGGCCUUCGUGGAGAUCAAUGACGGAUCGACAGGGAGGGGACUUCAAGCUGUAUUAAAGCCGGAAAUGGCUAAAGACUUGCAUACAGGUGCUAGUGUUUGCUUGACAGGUCAGCUCGUGUUGAGUCCAGGAAAAGAGCAGAGCAAAGAGUUGAAAGUGUCAGAUUGUAGAGUUUACGGUUUAGCAAAUCCGGAGGUGUAUCCUCUCCACAAAGCGAGAGUAUCUUUUGACUACUUGCGAGAGCAUGGGCAUUUUCGGUCGCGGAGUAAAACUUUUGGAGCGAUAUGGAGGAUACGAAACACUGCAAUAUUGGGUCUACAGCACUUCUUUCAAUCUCACCGAUUCGUGCAAGCUCAUACCCCAAUUCUGACGUCCAAUGAUUGUGAAGGGGCGGGCGAGGUGUUUCGCGUAGUGAGCAACGAGUCUCUGAAAGCGUAUAUCAAAGAACGACAAGCUCACGACUCUAGCCCAUUUGAAAAGUCAUUGCCCAUGCCCAGUAGAGAACAGGUGGCUCCUGGACCAUCCGAAUUUUUUAACCAUGCUGUAUAUUUAACGGUGUCAGGACAACUGCAUGCAGAGAUGUUGGCUUCAGCAAUGUCCCGAGUGUAUACCCUUGGCCCCACUUUCCGCGCAGAACCUUCCCUUUCAAGUCGCCAUCUAGCAGAGUUUUGGAUGUUGGAGGCAGAAAUGGCUUUCAUCACGCAAAUUGGGGAACUGCUUGAUUUUAUUGAAGCAUGCAUAAGAGAGACCACUGCUUUCGUAUUGGAGCACAGCGAGGAAGAUAUAGCCUUCUGUUCAAAGUGGGUGGAUAAGGAGCUACCAAGCCGACUUGCAGGCUUGACGUCAAGUCAACCGUUUGCGCGGAUAACAUACGGUGAGGCGGUUGAGAUUCUUUCAAAGGUGAAUCGCGCAUGGGAAUAUCCUGUCCAGUGGGGGUUGGCUCUGCAGAGCGAACACGAGCGCUAUUUGGCGGAAGAGCACAUCAAAGGGCCUGUCUUUGUUACAGACUACCCAAAGUGUGUCAAGCCAUUUUACAUGCGGGUGUCGGCUAUUGGUGAAAGAUCUGCAGACACGCAGGAGACAGUCGCUUGUGUGGACCUGCUAGUUCCGAAGAUCGGCGAAUUGGUAGGUGGAAGCCUAAGGGAAGAUAACCCGGAUAUUUUGGAACAGAGCAUGAGACAUGCUGGUCUAGAUGUAGAGGAAUACGGAUGGUAUUUAGAUCUGAGGCGAUUCGGGUCAGUACCUCACGGUGGGUUCGGGCUCGGAUUCGAGAGGUACCUAGCAUAUAUCACGGGCAUGGCGAACAUACGAGACCUGAUUUUAGUACCACGAUGGCUGGGACACUGUAGAUAUUGAACAUCUAUUUAAAUACAAUAGUAUAGCAUCUCCCCCGCACCCUAGGGUAGCAACUCCAUGAACUACCGAUGUUUAAC